AUGCUGGGGUUCCGAGCCAAACUGUGUACCCAGGACGCCCUGCUGUUGCUCAAGAACGAAAUCGUGGACAGACACUUUUCCACGUUGGAUAACAGAGCGGUGCUCGAACUAGAUCUCCAGGGAGCAUUCGAUAACGUACACCACUCGGCCGUCCUUCGGCAGGUGUCCCACUUCAACAUGGAGGAGAGGAUGUUCACUUACAUCAAAGAUUUCCUGACCAACCGCACCACGCGGCUUGUGGCAGGAGAACUACAACUACCGCUCAAGCAGCUGGGGAGCACGGGGACACCGCAGGGCUCGGUGAUCUCCCCUCUGUUGUUCAACCUUGUCAUGAUAGGCGUUGCAAGAAGAUUGGAACGCGUUAGAAACAUCAAGUACACGAUCUACGUGGACGACAUCACGCUGUGGUCAACAGGAGGAAGCGACAGCCAGAUCGAGGCAGCCCUCCAAGAAGCCUUCGCCGCCGUAGAAGAACACCUACGACCCACCGGACUCAAAUGGUCACCAACCAAGUCGAACUGCUGGUGA